AUGGGGCCCCCUACUGACCCUGGGCCCUCGGGCACUGCCCGAGUUUCCAAAUGGUCAGUCCACCCCUGGUGCCACCUGUUAGUGCCCAUCAAUGCCACCUGCCAGUGCCCAUCAGUGCCUCAUCAAUGCCACAUAUCAGUGCCUGCCAGUGCACAUCAAUGCCACAUAUCAGUGUCCAUCUGAGCUGCCUUUCAGUGUCACCUAUCAGUGCCAGUCAGUGCCACCUAUCAAUGCCAGUCAGUGUCACCUAUCAGUGCUGCCCAUCAGUGCCACUUAUCAGUGCCAGUCAGUGUCACCUAUCAGUGCCAGUCAGUGCCACCUAUCAGUGCACAUCAGUGCUGCCUAUCAAUGCCUGUCAGUGCUGCCUAACAGUGCUAGUCAGUGCCGCCUAACAGUGUCAGUCAGUGCCACCUAACAGUGCCAGUCAAUGCUGCCUAUCAGUGCCAUAUAUGAGUGCUGCCUUUCAGUGCCCAUCAGUGAUGCCUGUCAAUGCCCAUCAGUGCCACCUACUAGUGCCUCCUCAUCAGUGCCCAUCAGUGCCACCUAUCAGUGCCCAUCAGUGCAGCCUAUCAGUGCCCAUCAGUGCAGCCUCAUUACCGCACAUCAGUGAAGGAGAAAAAUCACUUACUUACAAAAUGUUAUAACAAUAACUAAGAAAAACGUUUUUUUUUUUUUCAAAAUUUUCAGUUUUUUUUGGUUUGUUUAUCAAAAAAAUAA